AUGAAUAGCAAUAGAUCUGAUGUCAGCAUGUAUACUCGAAGAGGGAUUCUUGCGGCUGACCAACCACUGGUGGUACCUAUGCUUCUUAGACUAAGUAAUCUGAAAUUAAGAGGAAUUAUUGUAUUGGUAGUUAGUAAACAAAAAGGGAUUACCAUGGUGUUCAAGAAUGAUCCUUUGGAAAAAGUUGACGUGGCAUCAACUUUUGACAGUAUCUCUAGUAUACAAAGGUUUUUGCAAACGGAAAUAGAAAAAAGGUUGAGGAUCAUGUUUCAGGAGGACUUACCAUCUAUUGUUCAUCAACUAUCACUACAAAAAUGGCUUAACGGUGGUGAUGCUGGGAAGAAAGAUGACGGCACUCAGUCAAAAGAAUCUUCUUCGGAUCAUCGGCCGCCUCAUGUUUUUCCGGAUAGUACACCAUACGAUACCAU